AUGUCAAUUCCGCAGCCACAUCUCUCCGGUGACUUGCGCCUUGCACUAUCCGUUCUCUAUUCGCUACCAACAGUGUCAGAUUUUUCAAUUCAAAAGCCAAAUUCAAAGGAAGCUCAUGAGUAUUUGAUGCAAUUCCAGUGCAGGAACAUCCGUCGCAAGCUUAGCUCAAGAUCAAAGUCACUGAAGAACAAAAAUGAAAGUAGCGAAGGGGUUGAUAUUCUUCAAUCCCUUGAAGCGGGAGACCUUGGCUCUUCCUGGCUUGCCUGUCUUACUUUGUUGGCAGCACAUAGAACAUCGACAAAUCAACAAAUCGAAGUGAACUACGCCGAAGCCCUAUUCGCUGCACAAACCAUGGUACAUAGGCUUCGUCGGGUCAAGUUAUCCGAGGCAAUAGAUUUAGAGUUUGAGUCUCCCCAAUCAAUACCCCCAAAGCAUGAGAUGAUCAUGGAUAUGUAUAUGCAAUGGUCGACGACCGCAAAUUCCGCUUUUCCUCAAGUCCUGAAAAAUUAUCAACCUCAGUCGAGUGACGAAGAGGCUACAAAGGGUGAAUUGACAGUGCUAAGCUUGACGACGAUUCUCUACUAUCAAACGCUAAGCUGUAAUCAAGACUUUGGGCGGAUACGGCCGCUGCUCUCUAGCAUUGCCUCAGCACUCGCGUGCUGCUGCGCACGACUAAGGUACACCACCACAUCAAUACCCUCAGAGGCACCCAAUACGCAACCAAUCGUAAAGAUGAUCAUCAACACUCUCACCAUGGUGCAUCAGGUCGUGGCCUCGUCCACUGGUACCAAUCCAGAUCACGCGAAUCAAGUGUAUUCAACCGCGUUGUUCAUUGCCAUGGCUUCAAUCCCCGAUGCGAUUUUGGCUGGAAGCGGUAGUGGUGGAGGCGCUUAUGGUAAAAUGUCGAUGGAUCCAAGGUGCUACACGGCAGUUACGACGGAAGUUAGAACCCAGGGGUUAUCACAGGUUUGGGAGUCGUUCAUGGACAUGCCUUCCCCAUCUAGCGAUCAGCUCGUGCUGUUCCUCGAAAUGUGCGAGUCGUGGGCGAAGUAUGUGCCACUUCCAAAAGAAUUUGUUCGACGCAGCGUUUCCUUGCUAGAGCAAGCAUUCACUGAGUUGGCAACUGAUCACCCGAAUCCGCACCAAGUCGCUGCAGGUAGGGCUGCGCUGCGAUAUUGGAUAGCAAUCAUGGAAGGUGGUUGCUGGACCGUGGACGAGGUGCUUGCGUCUUCGCUGAUACAGAAGAACGAGAAGUCGCAAAAUCCAAACAAGAAAAAGCAAUCAUCAAAAUCAAAGAAGCGACAGAAAGAAGUGAUAGAAGAGAGGACGAGCCAAAACCAAUAUGUGCUUGCACAGAAUGAAGUUCAUCAUCGUUCUGAGAUAGCUUGCGAAGUUACCAUGCGGACAUGGCAUGUAUUUCGGCCCCUCUUGACUCGUGAACUUAGUACUAUUUCUGAUGUCAAUGACGAAACACAAGGAGACGGACCAGUAGGAGGCAUCGUGGCAUGUGCAAAUUCGUGCUUGCCCUAUCUGGUGCGCCAACCAGUUCACACCAGCGAAUCAUUGCAACUCUUCGUUUCGAUUAGCGAUGCUGUGAAUGAGAUUUGCUCCAGUGCAGCGAGAUCAGUUCGAGGGUUUGCUGCGGAAUCACUUUAUAUGCUUCACGAUGUCGUGAUGACAGUCGGAUUCCCGACGGAUAAUUCGAAUGGAAUCAACUUACAAAAUGUCCUUGUUGGUCAUUUUUAUAAGUGCUGCAUGAAUUUGGCAACACAAUGCGGCUAUCCCGGAGGCUACUUCGAUGACCUCAGAGAAAACAACGACGAAGAUAUAGAAAUGGAACGAAAUGAUGUUCGAGAUGUUCUUCGUGGGAUAUCUGGUCACUCCCCGGGAGAUACGACGUGCAGCCCAUCAGGUCUAAAUGUUGCAUUAUGUGUACUCGAAAAGCUCUUGGAGGCGUGUGCUCAACCAAUAAUCGAAGUGGGUGCUGAAGGAAAACACCUCUUUCCUGAAAGCGCCCUCCAUGCAUUUUCGGCCCUUGCUCGCCCGAUAUAUGCAAUUGCGUUGUACUAUCAAGGAUCUCCUUCAGUAGAACUGGAAAGACCUUUGAAGAUGGCAAUAGAAAUCAUGUCUUCUGCUGGCCGAUGCGUCAUACAAGCUUUUGCGCAACCGUUCCAUCAUGAUAUGUUGCCGUUGAGUCGUCUCUACAGCUUGGCCACUGCCUCUUUAUCUCCGGCUUUUUCUGCACUCAGCGCCACGAAAUCAUUCGAAACUGGAAUUGUCCAGGUUCUUGAGAUAUGUUUUCAAGCCUCCGUGUUGUCCAUUGUUCACCUUCCAGAACUCUCCGCGCCAUCGACACUAAGAAGCUCUCGCUUUGAUGUACGCGGCGCAAUGAGAAGUCCAGGUGGAGAGGAUCACGUUGGGAUUCUUGCACUGAUGCGAUUAGCAACGGAAAGUCCAACGCUCACAAGGAUGAUAUUGGGGUCAAAUCCUUCGAUGGUGGCCGACCUGUGCCAUUUGUAUAAACAAUUGAAGCAAAUGGAAAAGGAGCGUGGCAAGGGGGUGCUUCAUGGGAAGGGAGUGUUGCCAAAGUCUCGAAGGAUAUUACUUGGUGUAAUCUGUCAUCUUGAAAACUCCACAGCGGGGCAAUCAGUUAGUACGGCUGUACUAGAAGACCUCUUCAAGUCUUCUGUUCUUGAUAUUGCGAACAUGAGCAGUAUUCAGCAAACCCAGCUGACGCCCGAAAUUUUGUUUGGCAUUUGCGAGAAUGUCUUUGACCUUGCAUCCUUCUCAGAAAACAUGGUUCAGAGUCUCUAUAAUUUCCGCCCAGAUGAUACAGAGUCUCCAUUGAAUAGGUGUCUGACCUUCUUGAACCAGGUAGGUGUUGCUGGGUUCAAUGCCAUGGUAAAUCCGAACACGUUAUCGCGAGAGUUUGUGAUUGAGUGGAAUCGACUUCGAGCAGCUCUUUUUAUGUUGAUCAGAUCAUCAGGCAUCCCAGAUCUUCCUACCACUGCAAUUGAUCUAGUUAAGACCAACAUUGUGACUGAAUGCAAUGCUGUGUUGCACCAAUGCAAUAUGGGACCAAGAUCCGGGAGCGCUGUGUUCAACGAUGAAGUCAUUUCAGAUGAAGUUGUGCCAGCAGGACUGAUGCUACAAACCUUGGGAGAAGCACUGGACAAGGCCAUGGUGUCUUCUAUUCCAGUGGUCUCGUUGACAAAUACGAUACGUAUUCUUUAUGACUCACGGGUUACCGUAUUGCAGGUAAUAACCACUGACUGCCCCUAUCCCAUUGAAAAGGGCUCGUUCUGCGACCCCAGGCCCACCAUUGCGGAAACAUGGUUCCUAGCGCUGAAUAAACUGCUGAAAGUACUAAUUGCCCAGGGAUUCUUCCAAUCGGCUGAGAAAGCUAGUGAUCUGUCCCAAGCUGUACAGCAAUUGCUUGUUGAGAGCUGCGUUUCGAUUGUCAUUUUGCUUCUAUAUCCUUCGAUAUCGAAAACUCAAAACAAGCGAGCCAAUGACCCAGGGAUGAGUUUUGAUGGAGCACAAACCCUUGCAAUGAUGGAUUUCCUACAUUUGUAUUUCAGUCUCGGACCUUCCAUGCUACAGGGUGUGUCUAUUGAGCUAUUGGCCAAUAUUCCUGUGGACCUGACCAGCAUUCAACACCUCGGAACAGAUCGCGACAUUGCUGGGAUCUCUAUCAUUGGGGCUGGUCUUUUCCGGGCUGCACAGGGCGGGCUGCCUCCAUGGGCAGUGGAAUGUAUCCCAUCAGUGUAUUCUUCCUUCUUUUCUGCUCUCAAUCGCGACCCAGCCAUCUUUUGUAACGUCUUCAACAUGUCGAUUCAUAUUCGACUAGGGAAUCAGAACUUUGGUGGCGUCCAAGCGUCCCAGCUACUGGGUGGAAAGUAUUUCCAAUCUAUGGGGGAGAAAUCGAAACAAACCUUCAUUUCUCAAGCUACAGAAUUGGCGACAAAAGAUAACCCAAAUGGAUGGAGGCAGUUGAAGGCUCUUAUCAAAAAGGUCUGCGGUGGGAAGAAAAAGGAUACAGACUUCAAACAGAAACCUGGUUACACAAGAUGGGACGCAUUGGACCGCAUCUAG